AAGUCGUGCUGCAUUCAAUUGGGCCCUGCCUUCUCGCCAUCCCGGUUCAAACUUCUUACUUGGUAUAUCUUUACUUCCGGAGGUACUGAAGACAAUAUGUCGAUUACUUCCCACGCCGCAGCGCGAUGCUGCAGACAGGCUGUCCGUCCUUCGUCUUUCUUGCGCAUCUCUACUCCAUCCUCUACAUAUCUUUCCCAGCAACAAAGGAUAACGCCCGCUCGUCGAUGGGAAUCUACCGAAGCAGCUGCUACUCCUACGAAUCCGAAGAUUACACAGAUUGUUGAUCAGAUCAGCCAAUUGACCUUGUUGGAGACGGCAGAUCUUGUCUCUAGCUUAAAGACUCGCCUUAACAUUCCCGACCUCCCAGUUGGCGGCUUCGCAGUACAAGCUGGCCCGGCUGGUGGCGCUGGCCCAGCCGCUGCUGAGGAAGAAGAGGCAGCACCUGCUGCCGCCGAGAAGACUUUAUUCAACCUGAAACUCGAAUCCUUCGAAGCCACGUCGAAACCCAAGAUCAUCAAGGAGAUCAAAUCUAUGCUCGGCCUGUCAUUAGUCGACAGCAAGAAGUUCGUCGAGGCAGUUCCCAAGCUCAUGAAAGAAAACGUGCCGAAGGAGGAAGCCGAGAAGAUUAUCGAGACUCUCAAGGGCCUUGGAGCCAAGGCUGUUAUGGAGUAAAGCUGCUGUUAAAAGACAAUCUUUUCGACGUUCGUGAGAAAGGCUUCCUGUGCGAAACGACUACAUAAUGUGGCCAGCUUUGCAAGAAUUCUUUUCUCGCGGGUUGACAAAUGCGUGAGCUCAUGGCGCCUACGGUGGGAGUAUACCUGUACAUUAUCAUGAAAGGGAGCAAGAAUUCUGUUUGGGCAUUGUUUCCGACUCGAUCAAGCGAUUCGAAUAUUCAAGCUCGGUGCAAUGGCAUAUAGUAUCAUUCUGGUGGACUAUGUCUUACUACAAUCUGUUUAUUACUUGCUGGUAUUUCAUUCUUUCAAUUGCAUGGUUCAAUCUCUGCUACGGUAUAGAGUAUUAAAAACGUGUGGGUGGAAUUCCUGGCACGGUGCAUCAAGGUUAUAAAAACA